GAUAUUUGGCGAGCCUAGCAAAUUCCUAGUUCAUGCCUUUGACAGCUAACCAUCAAUUGGCUCCGUGUUCAAAACACGGUCGCGGUCCUCGCGCAUUAAAAAAAAAUCGCGUUCGAUGUUCCAUUAAAUUGCCAAGUGAUCGGUCACGUGAUCACGUCUGCGAGGAGCACCGCGGCCGUUCAGACAGACUCGCGGGUGGAUCGGGUGGAUUGACCCGGACGAUCGGCAUCGCGCUCGAUCUCGCUUCCACGGCCGCGAUUUCCGUCGGUUUCGCGCAAUUUCGUUCCUCUGAUCCCGGAUCGUCUUGUUCGUAGUGCCACGCAAACUCGCACGACUCUCCCGUGCCGAGACACGCUGAUUAUGAUAUCCCUCCAGUCACACAAUCAGGUCUUGUAUCAUCUGACGCAGCUGGCGUUGACCGCGACUCCUAGGACGACUUCGUAUUCGGCUAAGAAGCAGAAUGAGUCCUUACAAAAGAACGCGGAGGAGGCAACAAUUUGUCCUGAUAGCCUUGAAGAGGCAGCGAGAAAUUGCACCGAGUUACCGGAGAUAAAUUUGAACACAUUGAAUGUGUUGCGAAUGAAGGACAAUAAGGUAUGCUUAAUGCUGGAUAACGUAGCUGUCAGGGUAUUUAAAAGACCCUUGGCGGAGAACAAGUGGCGAGUGUCUUACUUAUCCGGCCUAAGUUUCGCCGAGAACAAACGGGACUUCCCGUGUUCCUCGUUCACGGAGCCCGUUAUUCUACCCGUCAUCCAUCUAGCGUCGAAACAACAGCACAGACUGUUGCACACGUGGUACGGCAAAAAGCUGCAGAAUCACAUGUCGAUUCGUACAUUCAAGUCGCAGCGUAACAUGAAAAUGGAACUGGACAGUCCACCGUUCAUGAGCAGGCUAAAGAAGUGGCUCGGCCUGUCUUCUAAUAUACAAGUGGUGUCCGAGCUAAAGAGUCCGGACUAUGAGAAACUGAAACAUAUCUUCAACAAUACUGAGGCAACAGCGGACGAGCAGAAGAGAAUAAAAAUUGCUUUCGUAGAGGGAUACGAGUCGGGAUUGCAACGUCAGACUCGUGGCCGAACAAUGUGGCCGAAAAUCAUACAGAAUAUGAUAACCGUCUCCGCUAUUAUUUUUUUCAUUUGGUUUUACUUCAGCUAUCCAGGAGGAGGAAUAUUCAAACUUCCCAUGAGCCAUAGAAUUGAAAUUGAUCCUGAGGACAUUCAUGUCACUUUUAACGAUGUUAAAGGGGUGGAUGAAGCGAAACAGGAGCUUCUGAAUGUAGUGGAAUUCUUAAAAAAUCCUGAUAAAUUUUCCGCCCUCGGAGGAAAGCUGCCGAAGGGAGUGUUGCUAGUCGGCCCACCGGGAACGGGAAAGACAUUGUUAGCGCGUGCAGUCGCUGGAGAGGCCGGCGUACCGUUCUUCCACGUGGCAGGCCCGGAAUUCGAUGAGAUCCUCGUUGGCCAGGGUGCUCGACGUGUCAGAGAUUUGUUCCGAGCGGCGAAGGAAAAGGCACCGUGCGUAGUGUUCAUCGACGAGAUCGAUUCCGUGGGUGCGAAGAGGACGAACUCGGUUCUUCAUCCGUACGCAAAUCAGACAAUUAAUCAAUUGCUUUCUGAAAUGGACGGCUUCCGUCAGAAUGAAGGUGUCAUAGUUCUUGGUGCCACGAACAGACGCAAGGAUCUCGACAAAGCGCUAAUGCGACCUGGCCGUUUCGAUGUUGAGGUCUACGUUGACAAGCCUGAUUAUAUCGGCCGUAAGGAAAUACUAGACCUCUACUUGUCCAGAAUAUUGACACAUGAAGUCGAUACGGUUUACUUCGCACGCUGUACUACGGGAUUCACUGGAGCUGAUCUCGAAAACAUGGUAAACCAAGCCGCGUUGCGCGCAGCGAUUGAUGAAGCUGACUGCGUCACUAUGAAGCAUUUGGAGUAUGCUAGAGAUAAAAUAUUAAUGGGUCCAGAGGGCAAGCUAAAGUUACGCGAUCAAGAAGACACUCGUAUUACAGCGUUCCACGAAGCAGGGCAUGCUCUAGUAGCAUUUUACACGAAAGAUGCUACGCCGAUUCAUAAGGUCACUAUUGUGCCACGAGGACCGACAAACGGACAUACUUCCUUUAUGCAAGAAAAAGAUGUCUAUCAUAUCACGAAGUCACAACUGUUAGCUAAUAUGGAUUCCAUGAUGGGUGGCAGAGCUGCAGAAGAAUUAAUAUUUGGCCCGGAAAAAGUGACGACAGGAGCUUCUGCCGACUUAGAACAAGCGACGAAAAUAGCGGAGGGGAUGGUGAAGAUUUACGGAAUGUCGGAGAAGGUGGGAUUCAGGUCAAUAGUGGAAAAUAAGGAGCUUUUCAGUAACGGCAUCACGUACGCGCCAAGCACGAACGAGCUCAUCGACAAUGAAGUAAAGCGGCUUUUACAGGAAUCAUAUGAACGUGCGAAAACAAUUUUGAAAACGCACAUGAAAGAACACAAACAACUAGCAGAAGCCUUAUUACAGUAUGAGACAUUAGAUGCUGAUGACGUGGCUGCCAUAGCAAAUGAAACGGGAUUCAGAAAACGGGAAUCAUCUGCAAAGCCAAAAAGAUCGACAAAAUGAUUUAAUUUAAUUGUAAUUAUUUAAAAUCAUUUAUCGAAAAGUUUCUUCCUGGUCUGCGUUCGUUUAAACAAAAUUUAAACAAUCCACAUUUUUCUUCAAAAAUGAAAAUUGUCGAGAUUGUCGACAAGAAAUCAAUUAGUCAACAAUUUUGUCUUCCUUUUACGCUUGGGAUCUACAAUCGAUGAAUCGCAAAGUGCUCGGCGGGAGUAUGAAAAUGUAUGUAAGUAUCGGAAUUAUAAUCGAAACUUUUAUUUAUGCCAUUAAGUGGACAUAGAUAUAAAUUGUAUUGAAUUAUGUAUAUAUAUACACAUAUUUAUA